CGAUACUGGAGAUACUCUCAUCAACCUAAUUAUGAACUGCGUACAACUCAACAGGUACACAGAGCUUGUUUGUCUGCAAUCGGUUGCUCCCUACUUCACUUAUGUUUCGCAUGUUGAUGCGUGCUAGACAUUGACCCAAGGUAUCAUUAAAAGCUUGAAUAAAACAGAUGUCCCUCACCUGAUAAGUACUCACUUUCAGAACGUAACCCACCUGGUCUAUCUCCCGCUGCCUUGGGGGCUGCGACAUCAAUGGUCAUUAUUAUCAUCUAAGCGCCCUCCUCUUCUUACUCCGCCAUCUGCUGCUUACAACUGACUAUAAGCGCUUUUUGUCAUAUCCAUAUUUUUAUAAGUCAAACCCGCUGACGAGAGCUCGUUUAUUCGGUUCUAUGGCAGAAUGUCUGAUCAGGCGAUCCUCCGCAUUACAAGUGAAAUCAAACAAAUCCAGCAAGGCGCAGACCUGUCUCUGGCGGUAGCUUACGAUGAGUCUGACAUACGAAAUAUCUACGCCAUCAUUCUUGGACCCCCAGAGACCCCUUACCAGUUCGGUUUUUUCGAGUUUGCUAUCAAAUUUGGAAAGGACUAUCCUGCAAACCCUCCGAGUGUCCGAGCUCUGACGACAAAUAAAGGACGCUGCCGAUUCAACCCUAAUAUCUAUGCUUCGGGCAAGGUCUGCUUGUCUAUUCUCGGCACUUGGCACGGGGAACGCGGAGAAGAAUGGUCAUCUGUACAAGGCCUAGAAUCUAUUUUGCUCUCCAUCCAGAGUCUCUUAUCUAACAAUCCUUACGAGAAUGAACCUGGAUACGACAAGGCACAGACUGCGGAGGAUAAUGAGUGCAAGAAAUGCUAUGUAGAGAAGAUUCGACAUGAGAACCUCCGAAUCGCAGUCAUCGAGCCUCUGGAAUCGUCGCUAGGUAUCUUGCCAGACAGAAGAGCAACCCUGGUCGCAGAGCAACCGUCCGAGGAUGACGACGAAGACCAAUUACAGAACGAUGAUAAACCCGGUAUUGAACAGUUUAUCGACUUUCGCAAAAGACGGUUCUUAUGGUAUUAUGAAUCCUACAUCCAAAUGAUUAAUACUGCGGAAACGGAGACUUCUCGAAAGCGCAAAUUCCGCAGAAUGCCUUUCGAAAGCCAGGGCAAUACUAUGGAUGGGCACUUUGAUUACCCUGAAUUAAGGCGGCGGCUAGCCUUGCUCAAAGAAAGGAUUAUUUGUGAGACACAAAAUUGGCCAUUCGAAGGCCUUGGUAUCAAGAAACAAGAAUUGAGUAUUGCUUCAAAUCUGCAGUGCCAGUAUGCACAGAUUGUCGAGGAUUUCAAGCGCCAGAAGAACUUUGCCGUUGAUCUAAACCUUGUCGAUGCGAAUCCAUUUCUUUGGGCAUUUACGUACUUUGGUCGGCCUAUGAGCCACUUGGACGGUGGCAUAUUCAAAUUCAAGAUCUAUAUAAGCCCACGUUUCCCGGACGAACAGCCCCGUGUCUUUGUGGAGACAUCUCUCUUUCAUGUUCGCGUAUCCAAAGAGGGAGUUCUGUGUUAUUUUCCACGGCGAACAGACGAGAUGCGUUACCAUAUCGAAGCGAUUGUGGCGGCACUCGAAGAAGAAUCUCCGCCGUAUGAUCCUCGCACUACAGUGAAUCCCGGGGCAACCAAGCUUUUCUGGGGUAGUCCAGAAGAUCGCAAAAAUUAUAACAGGGCAUUGCGACGAUCUGUCGAAAGAAGCGCUGAGGAAGCGUAUGCAUGAAGAUCUCCUUGCCUACCAAGGCUUUUUUACUACUCACUUAAGCAUCAGAUGCUUCAUCAACUCCGGUUCAAUUCGGCUGGUCCAAACUUUGAAAUAUUAUCAGUCUGCAAUUGUCUCAUUUUCUUCUUGCUCUAAUUUUCACAUCCUUCGCCGUGCUCUAUCGCAUAUAAUGGUGUGUAUGUCAUCUGGAGUUAGGCGCGUGAUGAUAAUAUGGUUUAUCGGCUGGGAUUAGGACGUUUCUAGAUUGGUUUUGCAAAGAUAAUGCCCAGUUAUGUAUUGAUGCUACCGAUGUAAAC